ACUUUGUACCCUACAGGUUUCCUACAAUGUAACUAGGCAGAAUUUGAAGUAGAGUUAAAUAUAACCAGAAUCACAUAGUGAUCAUAAAAUAUUUCAUCAGAUAGACAAUCUUCCUUUCAGGGUUGGUUUUAGUGGGUUUACCUCAUCUUGCCACUUAUCAAUAUAGUAAGACUUACUGUGUCUACCACACUUGUUCUUUGAAUUCAGCCACCUUCUCUUGUUUUGGUCUCAUUCAAAGUCCUACACAAGAGAAAUCACUAAAUGGAAGUUCAAUCAGAACACAAAUGGGUGGACAAUGGCCCCUCUCGCCGGGCCAAAUGGUGGUACUCAACUUUCCACACUGUGACAGCUAUGAUAGGUGCAGGUGUUCUCAGCCUGCCCAAUGCCAUGGCAUAUCUUGGAUGGGGUCCAGGGAUCUUGAUGUUGUUGUUAUCAUGGUGCCUGACCUUAAACACAAUGUGGCAAAUGAUCCAGUUACAUGAGUGUGUUCCUGGAACUCGUUUUGAUCGCUACAUUGAUCUAGGUAAACAUGCUUUUGGACCAAAACUUGGGCCAUGGAUUGUGCUUCCCCAGCAGCUUAUUGUCCAGGUUGGGUGUGACAUUGUGUACAUGGUUACUGGGGGGAAGUGCCUAAAGAAGUUCAUGGAGAUAGCAUGCACCGAUUGCACACAACUUAGGCAGUCUUACUGGAUUCUGAUUUUUGGUGCCAUCCAUUUUUUCCUGUCUCAGCUUCCCAAUUUCAAUUCUGUUGCUGGGGUUUCUUUAGCUGCGGCUGUCAUGUCAUUAAGCUAUUCAACUAUAGCCUGGUUGGCUUGCUUGGUUAGAGGUCGGAUUGACAAUGUUAGCUAUGCUUACAAGAAAACCAGUGAUAUUGACUUCAUGUUCCGGGUCUUCAAUGCACUUGGUCAAAUCUCAUUUGCAUUUGCUGGUCAUGCAGUGGCCCUUGAAAUUCAGGCUACAAUUCCAUCAACCCCUGAAAAACCCUCAAAGAUACCAAUGUGGCGCGGUGCUAUUGGUGCCUAUUUCAUCAAUGCAAUAUGCUAUUUCCCAGUUGCACUUAUAGGAUACUGGGCUUUUGGACAAGCUGUUGAUGAUAAUGUGCUUAUGGCACUUGAAAGGCCUGAAUGGCUUAUUGCCUCAGCUAACUUGAUGGUAUUCAUCCAUGUUGUUGGUAGCUACCAGGUUUAUGCUAUGCCUGUUUUUGACUUGAUUGAAAGAAUGAUGAUUAGAAGAUUGAACUUCCCUCCAGGACUAGCACUCAGACUUGUUGCUCGAACUGCUUAUGUAGCUUUUACAUUAUUCAUUGGGGUCACUUUUCCUUUCUUUGGCGAUCUUCUUGGGUUCUUUGGUGGAUUUGGUUUUGCUCCCACUUCAUAUUUUCUUCCUAGUAUAAUAUGGUUGAUAAUCAAGAAGCCAAGAAGAUUCAGCAUCAACUGGUUCAUAAAUUGGGUUGCAAUAUACAUAGGAGUGUGCAUUAUGUUGGCAUCUACUAUUGGUGGCUUGAGGAAUAUUGCUGCUGAUGCAUCUAGUUAUAAGUUCUAUACCUAAACUAUAUGAUGUUAUUGCAAUAAUGUGGCAAAUAUAAUUAAGCCAGCGAAUCAAUCUGGAUUAGAUGAUAGAAUUAACUAGGUCUAUUGAGAACAGUGAUUAUUAAAUAACUUGGUAAGGGACGAUUUUAUUACAUUGUGUGUGCCACGUGUUAGCAAUGCGGAGGAUGUUGAGAGAAGUCGUAGAUCUUCGUUUUUA